AGAAGGCAAAAAAAAAACACUACUCUUGUAGUGAAGAAAACGCUGUGCUGUGCGUACAUACAAAAAGCAGCUCACAGCAGCAGCAGUUGAUGCUCAUCCCAACCCUAAUCCAAACGCAUAUCCUUCUUUCUUUCAUCAUCGUCUUCUUACGAACCCUAAUCGUGUCGCAGAACCCAAUGCCUGUAUAUUAAACGAAGAAGAAAGGCUAAUCGUUAGCGUUUCCAAUCGUUUCGAACUUCAAUCAUAUCCUAAUCGUGGUUUGUGAUCUGUUGCUGUUGUUUUUUUGGAGAGAUCGUUUUUCGCUCUUAAAUCACCAAACUGUACAUCAUCAUUUUGCCUUAAAUCAUAUACGCAUUUCAAUCGAAGUUUUAGGUUAAUCGAAGUCGUGCUGGUUUUCGAAUUCGAUUGUAGCAACUCUGAUUACCUCUACAAAGAUACAAACAAAAGUGUAGGUUGUUGAAAUAUCGAUCUGAAGUGUAAUUUGAGAUUGGGAAUUCGCAUAGAAAUGGUUGGAGGUGGAAGUAGAAAGGAUGGACCAGUAGCAAUCAACAGCACCAAUGUUUUUGCUGCUCUUGGUAACCUAAAGAAGAAGAAGAAAUCGGAUAAAGGUGAUGGUUCUUCAAAAAUUGCAGGCAGCUCUAAGACGAAACAUGAUGGUGAAGGAAAUGGAGUAGAGGAACAGGUUUUCUGGGCUCCAGCGCCUUUAACAAUGAAGUCAUGGGCGGAUGUGGAUGAUGAAGACGAUGAUGAUUACUACGCAACCACCGCUCCGCCACCGUCCGUUUGGGUUGCCGGUGAAGACGAUCAGAAAGGAAAUGAAACUCCUGUUGAGGAAAGUGAAAGUGAAGAUGAAGAUGAAGACUUUGAGGAAACCGAUGAAGAAGAAAAUGAUCAUGAAGAAGAAGAGCCGAUCAUUCAAAAUACUGUUCCAAUUUUGCCUCCGAAAGAAACCGACAGACAACUUUCGAAGAAGGAACUGAAGAAGAAGGAGCUAGCGGAGCUUGAAGCAGUGCUUGCAGAAUUCGGUUUGAAUGACAACAAUGGCAAAGAGAACACCAUUGAUGGUGGUGAAGAGAAGGUAGAGAAUCAAAAUGAAGGGGUGGCAGAGAAGAAAGAGAAAACCAUGGGAGGUGGUGGUGAGAGCAAAAGUGCUAAAAAGAAGAAGAAAGACAAGUCAUCAAAGGAAGCAAAAGAAGAAGAAAAGGAACAGAAUCAGGAGACUGAAAGCUCAGCUGCAGAAGAAAAGGAGUUGUCUGGAGUGAACAUGAAAGAGAAGAUAAAGAAAAUGGCUUCCAUGAAGAAGAAGAAAUCCAGCAAGGAAAUGGACGGUGCCGCCAGAGCUGCCGCCAGUGAGGCGGCGGCAAGGAGUGCAAGAGUUGCAGCAGCCAAGAAGAAAGAGAAGAAUCACUACAACCAGCAGCCUGUAAGGUAAGUUAAUGGUUUUGGUUUUGAGAUGAGUUGUUGAGAAUGAGAUAGCUACAAUUUCAGUUUUUUUGCUUGUUAGGGGUUUUCACCAAUAUUGUUUCUUGGUAAUUUUUGCAUUUUGUGUAGGAUGUUGUUUUGUUAAAGUUUUGGAUGUUUUUUAAGCACAUGUUGUCUGUUUUUAGUUAAACCAUUGUGAUACAUGCAUAGGAAUUUGAAUAAUUGUCAAGAUAG